AUGGAACUCUUCUAUGAAAAGCUCGAUGCUCAUAUUCAAAAUAUGAAUGAAAAAUUUCGUAAUAAAUUUGUAAUUAAACAAGCAAUGUAUGAAGAUACUGUAUUGAUAUUGAAAGAGGGAUUGGGUUCACUAAGAAACAGACAACCAUUUACAAAACCAGUUGCACCUAAACCGAUUGUCUCAUUGGAUUUUCUUACACGAUUACAAAUGGAUCUCAUUGAUAUGAGAAAUGUAUCGGAUGGAAACUUCAACUGGAUUUUGCAUGUCAAAGGCCACUUCUCCGAAUUCUCGUGGGGUUAUCCAUUACAAACAAAAGAAGCCGUGGUUUUUGGUCAGCAACCGAGAUGUGAUCUUGAAAUGUGGAAAAUUUUGGCUGAUUCUGGCAUUGAAGAUGAGGAAGAUUUACCUGCGGAUUUUGCCGAACAAUUAAAUGAACAUUUGAACGAUAAUUCAGUUAUUGAUGUUCCACCCGCUUGUCUCAAUCCAACAAAUCAUCAUAAACGUAUUCGAGAUGAAGCAGAAGAAAAUUAUUUGAAAACCAUUGAAAAACGUCAAAACCUGUAUGAUGCCGCUGCACAACGUGCUGCAUACGUCAUUGGUGAUUUAGUUGGACUAAAAAGCGAUCGAGUUGAUCGUACAAAUGUUACAGCCAGAAUAUUACUCUGUAAAAUUAUGUCAAUUCAAAUAUUGUCCAAUGAUACAAAUAUGUAUCGGUUAUGUACAAAAACAUGUAUUCUAUCUACAUCGUAUCAAAUACAUGACUUAGGGAAGCCGUCAAAAUUCGCAUCGGUGAAUAUUUUAACCGGUGAAUAA